AUGAAUCAUCCCUUUCCGACGAGUCUCCAAGAGGAUCGUGAACAAAGCUCCAGUAGCAGCGGUGGCAGUGCGGAGGCCUACCAAGCGCAUUCAUUUCAUCCCAUCAGUCAAGCUCCUCCUAUAUGGCCGAAUACAGAGCGACCACUUCCACCUUCUCCCAUUCAGACAACCAACUCGUUUGACGGCGGAUAUUCCAAUUCACCUCUCCCUCUCCGCAAUCCAUUUGAACCACGAGGAGAAGAAGUGUUGCCACAUCCUGGUGAACACUUUACAUUUGAAGGAUAUCAUGACCAGUACAAGACAGAUCCACCAGACGAUGCAGGGCGGGAAGACCCAAAACAGUUUCCUUUCGCCAGCCCGCCCCAUCCACCUUCAUUUGCUGCUGGAUUCUAUGCCAAUACCGCUGCCAGCCCAUUUCACCAAAUGCAUCCUCAGCCGUAUGACGACUACCAUGCCGAUCCACAUAAUCCCUAUGUGAGUCAUCAUCAUAUGGUAUAUCGUUUCGAACCACAAUACUACCUUCCCUCAACAUGGCACGCUAUGUACAAGCCAACCGAAAUGGACCAAAAACCAGCAGCAGUAAGCUACUCUCCCAGUCGACCACCGAUUUCUCCAAUGAAGGCUUCCAAUUUACUUCCAAUAAAUGUCCCUCCUAUUGCAUCGCGAGAUCCUGACGCCUAUGCUGCUUCCAAUACUACGUCGACCAGAGCUGCUGCCUCCAAUUCGCCACCAUCCCCAGUAGCUGCUGCCAGAAGACCACAGCCCCGCCGAUCGAGGAAGGCUCGAGGUGCACGUCGCCAAACAGCGACGCCACAGAUUCGAGGCAAUCAUGUUCAUCAAAGUCCCACGGCAACGGAACUGGAGGAAGCAACGACAAAUCGAGCCCAAAAGGCAGUUCGCAGUUGGUACCAACGAUUCAAUGAAUUGGUCGAUUACACAAAUAAGUUUGGUGACACCGCCGUUCCCCAGCAAUACGAAGAUAAUCACGCCUUGGGAAUUUGGGUCAAUAAGCAACGCAUGGAAAUGAAAGCCUAUGGGGAAGCAACCAGAAGCAGCAUGACCCGGCGACGCAUGGAUUUGCUGGAAAACAUAGGCUUUGAAUGGGCCAAACCCAAAGGGCAGGCAGCCUGGGACGAAAAGUUUCGCGAGCUGUUGGAAUACAAAAGCGUACAUGGGGACUGUCAUGUCCCCACCAAACACAAGGCAAACCGUCCCCUGGGUCGCUGGGUCAGCACCCAACGCAACAUGAAGAAAAAUUGCGAUCUGGGCAAAACGCCCAAAUCCUUGAAUUACGAAGUGAUUCGUAACCGCAUCCAAAUGUUGGAAGAGAUUGGCUUUGCUUGGAGCAUGAUCGAGAGUCCAACUUCCAAUGACAGUUCGUAG